AUGAGCCUCUGGAAGACUGUUUUAUCAGUUUCGGUACUUAUAUCACUGCAAUCAUCAUUCACAACUUCAUCAAUGCUGCCCCAAAUAGAACCGAUGGACUCCAGACUUAUCGGUGGAACCCAUGCGUCUUUGCAAGAUUUCUCGUACUUGGUAUCGAUUCGAUUGCAGGUUUUGGAAGUUGGACGUUUCGGAAAUGGUCAUCUGUGCAGUAGCGUAUUAAUUUCACGUCAAGAUGUGCUAACAGGUGCGAAGUGUGUUUUAAAUGGAAGCGGGCCUAGAGAUUCCAAAGAGUUGAUCGUGAUUUCCGGUAUUACGCAGCUUGGCAACAAUACAGGAGCAGUGCAGUCUCUUAUUGCGACGAUAUGGUUACAGGAAGAUCAGAAUUUAGCUAUCAUACGUUUGCAAACACCUAUCGAAGGCUCUACAAUCGUUAUCUUGAACGAAUUUCAUCAACAGAAUGAUAAAAGAUGUAUGGUUGUGGGGUGGAGUUCAAAUAGCACCGAGGAAUCUGUUGUUCAAAAAAACUUACGCGAAUUUUAUGUUCGAUUAGAUAGAUCCACCAAUGUUCUGGAUAUUUUCUACAUAACACUCGAGGAACCGCACUUUGGAAUUUGUUUUGAGGAUAUGGGUGUCCCGUUGUUGUGCGAUGGAUCUCUCAUUGGCAUUCUAACUCGAAGACCGCCUCGUUGUGAAUCGGCCAAGGUGGAGUUCUUAAUGGCACAAAACCGUUAG